UUUUUAAGGUUUUAAUCCCCGUUUUUGCCUUAGGCAGAGCUCAAGAAUUGUGUAUUUUGUUAGAUAUGUAUUGGGAAAGAUUGGAAUUGAAAGUACCGAUAUACUUUUCUGCUGGAUUGGCUUCUAGAGCGACAGAGUAUUAUCGCCUUUUCAUAAACUGGACAAACGAAAAAGUUAAACGUACUUUUGUUCAUCGAAAUAUUUUCGAUUUUAAACAUAUAAAACCUUUUCGGAUGGAAUUUGCUGAUAUUCCAGGUCCAAUGGUUUUAUUUUCUACGCCAGGAAUGUUGCAUGGUGGUCAAUCACUCAAAGUUUUUAAAAAAUGGUGCUCUGACGAAAGAAAUGCAAUUAUAAUGCCUGGCUAUUGUACAGCUGGAACAGUUGGAGCUAAAGUUAUUGCUGGGGCUAAAAAAUUGGAAAUUGAUGGAAAAAUGCAUGAAAUUAAUUUAAAAGUUGAAUAUAUGUCAUUCUCUGCCCAUGCAGAUGCUAAAGGUAUAAAACAAUUAAUUAGAGAUGUUGAACCAAAUUCUGUGCUUUUUGUUCAUGGAGAAGCUCAGAAAAUGGAUAUUCUUAAAGGGGAAGUGGAAAAGGAAUUUGGACUUAACGUAUAUAAACCAGCUAACGGAGAAACUGUUUCAAUAAGUUCACAACCUUCAAUUUAUGUUCAAGUACCUGAACCAUUAAUUAGACGUUCAUUAGCAUUUAUCCCACCAAAAGAUGAAACUUGUCCAAUUGAAGGAUUUUUAUUUUUGGAUAAACAGAGUAAUGAAUUAACAAUGCUUUCAAAUGAAGAAGCAGCAAAACAUUUGGGUGUUGAAUUACAUUCAAUUUGUUUAAGUGAAAUAUUUUGUGUUUCUGAACCAAAAAUUAAUUGGGAAGAACUUGCUGAAAGAUUAAAAUUAAAUAUUGAUCCGGAACUUCAAAUUAAACCGGAUGGCAUUGAACUUUUCGAUUCAGAAUUAAUAUUAGCUAAAGUACCAGAACAUCUAAAUCGUAUAGAAAUUAUUUGGGAUGAAUGCAGAGAACAUUUGUUAGACAGAAUUUUAUAUCUAAUUCCUGCAAAGAAAAUGGAUUUUUAA